AUGAUUUCUUCACAAAUUUUAUCUAGUGGUGAUCAACAACAAUCAAUUUCAAUGAAAUCUAUUAAUACAGCAGAAGAAUUUUUCUUUCAACCGCAUCCGUUUAGUGAUUUAAUACUUCUUGUUCAAGAUAAACAAUUAUAUGUUGAUAGAAGUGUGUUAGCUAUUGGAUCAAAAGUUUUUCAUAAAUAUAUUCAAGAUGAAACUAUUAAUUCAAUUGAAAUUAUUGAUGUAUCACCUAAUGAAAUGAUUGAAUUACUUCGAUUUUUAUAUCCACAAUUUCAUUGUACCAUUAAUAAUCAAAAUGUAACAAUAUUACUUAUUCUUGCAUAUCGAUUUGAAAUAGAUUUUCUUUCAUCCGCAUGUCGAACAUUUAUAUUAUUUUAUUUAUCUAAAAUUGAAAUUAUAAAUAUGUAUAAGAAUAGAAAUAAUAAAUUAAUUAAACAAGAAGAUGGAACAUGUUUAUCAAUUUCGUCGAUUAUUGAUAUUUUAUGUAUUUGGUUUCGAGAAUUUUUAUAUAUAAACGAUACAAUAUGUUGUGAAGCGAUUUUAAAUAAAAUAUCAUAUUGUAAUAUAUCAAGUAUUAUUCAAUCGAAUGAUUUUAAAAAUUUAGAAGACAAUAUAAAAUGGAGAAUAUUUCAAGUACGUGCAAAAUAUUUAGAAAAUCAAUAUUUAUCGAUAGUUUAA